CUGUACUUGUGCGGAUUUCUGACUUGCCAUUAGUGAAGUCUGGGUGGGACUCCAUUCAGAACAUAUACACCAAUACAAAGGAAAAACACCCUCUUAUUGCCUCUGUACUUAAUGUAUAUGAGAAAGGAGCAAAGGCAGCCACUUCUCUGGGAGCAUGGAGCAUAAAACCUGUUGUUGACAUACUGCAACCUCAAAUAAAUGCUGCCAACAACCUUGCUUGUGCAGGCCUAGACAUUCUAGAAGAGAAGAUUCCUGCCUUGCACUACUCCCCUGAGAAGAUUGCUUCAGAGUUUAAAGAAGCUGCUACCAGUAUAAUAGGUGGAGCCAGCAGACAAAUAAGCAAUGUCAGGAGCCGUGCCAAAAGUCUAGUAGCCAGCCCUUCAGAGAGUACCAUCAGUGCAGCUACCACAAGCUCUGAGACUCGAGGAGAAAUGACAACUGGAAUGACCAAGUACAUCUAUAAACCAGUUAGCUUGACAGGACAAGGCAUUGGCAUGCUACUCAAUAAAGCACAGGGUUUGGCUGACUAUGUGCUCCCUAAUAACGAAGGCAAAAAAGUUGACAGCACUUCUAAAGAAAAAGGAUCUGAGGUUCCUGCUGAAGAGCAGGGUAGCAUCAUUUGGAGAGCGGGCUUCUUCGCCAGCAUCGCUAUUAAGCAAUCCUACAAACAAACAUCAAAUUCACUCCAACAAACCAUGAACAGAGGACUAGGGAUGGUGUCAUCGGUUCCUAAUCCAUUUAUCAUGAUGCAAAGGAUGCAGGUCAAGAUUUGGCUAUCUUAUUUUUAUCAACGGGUCCUUGCCUGGGUGAGAAGGAUCCUGGAUGGUCUUCAGGGCCGUGGCUUGAACUCAAAGGCUUUCAGCAUGAUUCAGGAUCUCACUCAAAACCUCCAAGCAGCAACUGUCUCUGGGGCCUCCAAGACAAUGAAUCUGCUGCCCUCCUUACUGAAACCUGUAGAGGAUGUUUCUAAACUCAUACCAAAAGAGCUCAUAUCAGGAGCAUCAGACAAAAUCAGUACACUGAGAAACACAGUAUCAGAUGCAACCAACAGUACACUGAAGAAUAUAUUUGCCUUCACACCUAACUCAAAGGCUUUCAGCACGAUUCAGGAUCUCACUCAAAACCUCCAAGCAGCAACUGUCUCUGGGGCCUCCAAGACAAUGAAUCUGCUGCCCUCCUUACUGAAACCUGUAGAGGAUGUUCCUAAACUCAUACCAAAAGAGCUCAGAUCAGGAGCAUCAGACAAAAUCAGUACACUGAGAAACACAGUAUCAGAUGCAACCAACAGUACACUGAAGAAUAUAUUUGCCUUCACACCUCUUCCUGGCCUAAUACCAAAUAGAGAGGAUAAAACCUCUAAUGAUGCUGAAUCUGAUCACCUGCCAGCAGAGAAAGAAGAGGAUGAUAAAGGCAAGAUAUCACAUGAUGAAUCCUCUUCCAAAACUACAGACCCAAGCCUUCUUAAGAAAACCCUGGGACAGCUCCCUUCUGUGAAGGAAGCAAUACAAAAAGGCCCUCUAUUCAUGAUGGAGGAAGUGUUUAAAGCUUAGAGAAUAGCUCCUUGACAGCAUCUGCUUCACAACAACACAAGGGAUAAGCCAGCAUCUAUACCGCAAAAAUGCAAGGGAUCAGCCAGAAUCAACAUCUAAAAAAUGUAAGGGAUCAGGCCAAUCGCACACUGAAUAAAUGGUAUCAUCAAGUUACACUUGUCCAUUUUAUAACAAUGAAACUACCAUCAACAGGAAUUAACUGUGCAAAAAGAGUUUUCUUUCUUGCUAGGAUGACACAGUUAAAGGUGAAGGGUAAAGCAAAAGAUUUUCACUGAUUGUCUCACCACAUAUUGCAACUGGUAAUAUUAUCAGAUCUUAGCUAUCUUCAGAAAUGUUAUUUCAUCCAUUAUGUGCUAGAAGUGAAAUGUUUUCAUUUACUAACUACAGCUCUGUGAUUUAUCCUUUAUUUACUGUACAAAAAGAAACAACUGAGUAUCUCUACAUUUGCAUAUAGUACCGUAUUACUAAGUAAAGUUCAAUGAAGUUUGAAGCAAUGCGUUUUUAUCAGCAAUUAAAAUGUAAUUCUAGCUUGAGUCUUUUCCAAAGGAUUUAUAUUACUCACAAAUAGCUUGUAUAGUGUUACACAUUUAAAGGCUAAUCUAUACUUGUGGAUGCAUUUACUUAUGUUUUAGCCUCUUGCUAACUUAUAGAAUGGAAAUGAAAUACAGUCGGCUAUUGCUAUAA